UGAAAGACAACAUGGCGGCCUCCUGUGUAGCAGCCGGGGAGCUGCUGCUGAGUGUCAACAAGCGAAAAUCGAUAUUAUACCCGAAGACUUCGUGUUUGAUCAGAGGAAUAAACACGACGAGCUUCCGGAGACACAGUGAAUCUCAGCCCCGAGCGAAAAGUGAUCCCCAGCUGCUGGUCGGGGUGGUCGGCUUGGAGAUCCACGCCCAGAUUAGCUCUAACACCAAGCUGUUUUCUGGCUCCCAAGUUCGCUUCUCAGCCCCCCCCAACUCCCUGGUGUCCUUCUUCGAUGGAUCCUUGCCUGGCACAUUACCCGUUCUGAACAGACGAUGUGUCGAAGCAGCAGUGAUGACAGGACUGGCUCUCAACUGCACUAUCAACAGGAAGUCCCUUUUCGACAGGAAACAUUACUUCUACGCCGACCUCCCUGCUGGAUACCAGAUCACUCAGCAGCGGCGGCCCAUCGCAGUAGACGGCAUCCUGACUUACAGCCUCCAUGGGGGAAGGAAGAGGAGCCAAGUGAUCAGGAAAACAGCCACGAUAAAGCAGAUUCAGCUGGAGCAGGACAGUGGCAAGAGUCUGCACGAUGACGUCCACGGCCAGACACUCAUAGACCUCAACAGAGCAGGUGUGGGUCUAAUGGAGCUGGUGAUGGAGCCAGAAAUGAGCUGUGGAGAGGAGGCUGCUGCAGCUGUCAGGGAGCUGCAGCUCAUCCUGCAGGCCCUUGGCACCUGUCAAGGCAACAUGUCUGAGGGCCAGAUGAGAGUCGAUGCCAACGUGUCCGUCCACGAGCCGGGUGAGCCCCUGGGCGUCAGAACCGAGGUGAAGAACAUCAACAGCAUCCGAUUCCUGGCCAAGGCCAUCGACUUCGAGAUUCGGAGGCAGAUCGAUGUCCUGCAGAGAGGAGGGAGGGUGCAGAACGAGACCCGGGCUUAUGAUUCCAAAUCGGGGGAGACUAUUCCCAUGAGGGACAAAGAGGGUCUUCAGGACUACAGGUUCAUGCCAGAGCCCAACCUGCCCCCUCUGAUGGUGUAUGAGGAUAACGCGUCGCUGCCCUCUGGCAUUGAUGCGAGCCAGAUGGUGGUGGUGCAGAAGAUAAGGGAAGGGCUUCCAGAGCUACCCAGCGUCAAAAGAGACAGGCUGGUCCAAACAUACGGCAUCCUGCCCGAGCACAGCUUCACUCUGGUGAACGAGGACGGGCUGGUGGAGUACUUUGAGGCGGUGUUGAAGGCGACCAAGAAGGAGCCGAGGAAGGUGAUUGGCUGGGUGGUGAACGAGCUGCUGGGCCACCUCAAGCAACGAGACAUGAGCGUGAGCCAGAGCCCGGUCUCUGCUCCCGCCCUGGCCGAGCUGCUGGAGCUACAGGAAACAGGACACAUCUCCUCUUCAGUCGCCAAGCGGGUGCUGCAGGAGAUGUGGAGGUCACCGGGCACGACGGCCUUGCAGAUCAUCCAGGAGCAGGAGCUGGGGCUUGUUAGUGACGCUGCACAGCUGCACAGCAUCUGCCAGGAGGUGGUGGACUCGCAUCCCGAAGAGGUCCAAGCCAUAAGAAAUGGAAACAAGAAAGUUCUGAACAAACUGAUGGGCCUUGUUCAGAGAGAGACCAAAGGCAGAGCCGACCCAGUUCUGGUGAGGGCCAUUUUACAAGAGAAGACUUCGUGAAGCUCGGACUGAUCUGCCAGACUCAUAGUAUCUUUAUGAAAAAUAAGAUAUAUGAAAAAGAUGCUGUGGAUGCAGAUAUGACUCAUCACGCCUGUACCUGGUCAUCUCUGGGUUGAUAUAACUAUUGAACUAUGGGCCGCCGCCC